AAGUGCAAGGUCAGCCUUGAUCAGCCGCCGCGGCCUGUCACACUCCCGGGUAGGAGACUUCUCUCCGCACAGCGGACAGGCCUAGGGCUGACUACGGGGAUCCCAGAAGCUGUCAUUUUCCCUUUCUCCCGGCAGCUUCCGUCACCCAGCAAGUAGGGAGUGCUCAAAGUAAUUUUCUCUCCGGUCUUGAAGGAGAUUCAAAUAUCCUCUGUCCCGACCUUUCCUAUCCGCCCUCUCUGCCUUUCCGGCCAGAGUCCCCGCCAGCAAAAGCCUCUAGUUGCAGCACCGGGCGUGUAGUCCAUUUAACGCGCUCCGGGGAUCUGCUGGCCCCUGCUUCCCUCCGAGGGGCGACGGAGUGUUUCGCUCCUCGGACCCCGGGUGGUCUCUCUCCGAUCUCUGCAUUUUGGUCCCUCGAUUUAGCAAAGAGAAGUGCGGGAUGUGCGUCGGCAACCGGGCCGCCUCGGCAUCCCCCAUCCGCCCUCCGCGGUGCCCGAGGCUCCAGGGUCUGCGCCCCGCACGCCCUGCCGGCUUCCCGCGCUGCCUCUGGUCGAGCGACUGCCGGGGCUCGGCUGCUCGCUACACGGAGCCACUCCGAGCAGCCGCCAGCCCUUAUGCGCCCGUGACAGCCCUGUCCUCGCGGGUCUGGGGAGCGCCGCCGCUUCCUUCCCCGACCGGCCCAUGCUGGGCAUGCUCAGUGCGCCUCCUGGAAUCCAGCUCUCCCGGGGCUGGGAUCGUGACUCCGGGUUUUCGUGACUGCCAAAGGGGCGAUGGGGAGGGGAGGCUGGAAGACAGUCAGCGCCUUGUUCCGCGCCCGGCUGUGGCCGCCCGCACCGCAAGAUACGGGCCAAUCAGGGGGCAGGGGCGGGGCUCAGUUCGUCACGCCCUCCCUCUGGGCUUAUUGAGAGUUAUAUCAAGAAAUUCAGUUCAGAGAGAGGAGAGAGGAGAGGGAGAAGGAGAGAGGGGCAGAGGAGAAGGGAGAGAGGGAGAGCAUGCCAGACAGGAAGGAGCACCCUAGAGUCUCUGAAGCCCGAGAGAGAUAACCAAUUAGGAAUUUUUCAGGCAACUGUCACCCGGAGAUCAUCCAGAGAAUCACCAUCACCCCAACUCUGACGUUUCCUACAAGAAGUUAAGAGACUUGAGCAGUAUUGACAUCGGAGGGAAAUGGUAUGCUUGAUGCUGUGGAAAAUAUCCCUGAGCUGAAGAAGUGCAAUUGGAUGUUGUGUGUGUGUUAAAUACCAGAAGAGCUCAGACCCCGUGGGUAAUAGAGACGAAAUGUGGAGAGAAUGACUAACGACAAAUCUGUGAAUUUGUUUUCUGGAGUUGCUAAUUUGCCAGCCCGAAGCAACACAUUUUACAAAGAGGAAACGUUUUGCUGCUUCUGAUUUCUCCCCAAACUGGUGCUACCAGAUGCAUGGCUUUCUAUGUGUUGGAACAGAUCAUUCCUAACUGCAGCAUACCGGGAAAGGGGAAAGGUUGAGGCAACUAACUGGCUGUCUCCAAAUAAGCGAUGAGAUGUAAUGCAUUCUCCAGUCCAUGCAUACUUCCUCUUGCAAUUCGUGCAUCAUUCCUCAGUGGAAACCUUUAAACCCUAAAAUCCAGGAAAAGAAAAUAAAUACACAUUAUCAUGGACCUGAGGGAUUUUUACCUGUUGGCUGCUCUGAUUGCCUGUUUAAGACUGGAUUCCGCAAUAGCUCAAGAACUUAUUUACACUAUUAGAGAGGAAUUGCCUGAAAAUGUGCCCAUAGGAAACAUACCAAAGGAUCUGAACAUUUCUCACAUCAAUGCUGCCACAGGGACCAGCGCCAGCCUUGUCUACAGACUGGUUUCUAAAGCUGGGGAUGCCCCUUUGGUGAAAGUAUCCAGUAGCACUGGGGAAAUUUUCACAACCUCCAAUAGAAUAGACAGAGAAAAACUCUGUGCUGGAGCCUCUUAUGCUGAAGAGAAUGAGUGUUUCUUUGAACUUGAGGUGGUGAUCCUCCCCAAUGAUUUUUUCAGGCUGAUCAAAAUAAAAAUAAUUGUCAAGGAUACCAAUGAUAAUGCCCCCAUGUUUCCAUCUCCUGUCAUCAAUAUUUCCAUCCCAGAAAACACUUUGAUCAACAGCCGCUUUCCAAUUCCAUCAGCAACAGAUCCUGACACAGGCUUCAAUGGUGUACAGCAUUAUGAAUUGUUAAAUGGGCAGAGUGUUUUUGGACUGGAUAUCGUGGAAACUCCGGAAGGAGAGAAGUGGCCGCAAUUGAUUGUUCAGCAAAACUUGGACAGAGAACAGAAAGAUACCUAUGUGAUGAAAAUCAAAGUAGAGGAUGGGGGCACUCCACAGAAAUCCAGCACAGCCAUACUGCAGGUCACAGUAAGUGAUGUAAAUGACAACAGGCCAGUGUUUAAAGAGGGUCAAGUGGAGGUGCAUAUUCCAGAGAAUGCUCCCGUGGGCACCUCUGUAAUUCAGCUCCAUGCCACUGAUGCAGAUAUAGGCAGCAAUGCUGAAAUCCGGUACAUUUUUGGUGCCCAGGUCGCCCCUGCAACCAAAAGACUCUUUGCUUUAAAUAAUACUACUGGGCUGAUUACAGUUCAGAGGUCCUUAGAUCGAGAGGAGACAGCCAUUCACAAAGUGACAGUGCUGGCUAGCGAUGGCAGCUCCACUCCCGCUCGAGCAACGGUUACCAUCAAUGUCACCGAUGUAAAUGAUAACCCUCCGAACAUAGACCUCAGGUACAUUAUAAGUCCCAUCAAUGGCACGGUGUAUUUAUCUGAGAAAGAUCCUGUCAAUACAAAGAUUGCCCUAAUUACAGUUUCAGAUAAGGACACAGAUGUGAAUGGCAAAGUGAUCUGUUUUAUUGAAAGAGAGGUUCCAUUUCAUUUGAAGGCAGUAUACGACAACCAAUAUUUGCUAGAGACCUCUUCUUUGUUGGACUAUGAGGGCACCAAAGAAUUCAGCUUUAAAAUUGUUGCCUCUGAUUCUGGGAAGCCCAGUUUAAAUCAGACUGCUCUGGUAAGGGUUAAGCUUGAGGACGAAAAUGACAACCCACCAAUUUUCAACCAGCCUGUAAUUGAGCUGUCAGUUUCUGAAAACAACCGACGUGGGUUAUACUUAACAACUAUUAGUGCCACAGAUGAAGACAGUGGGAAAAAUGCAGAUAUUGUUUAUCAGCUUGGACCGAAUGCCUCCUUCUUUGAUCUAGACCGAAAGACAGGAGUUUUGACAGCCUCCAGAGUCUUUGACAGAGAAGAACAAGAACGAUUCAUCUUUACAGUAACUGCCAGGGACAAUGGGACCCCUCCCCUUCAAAGCCAGGCGGCUGUGAUAGUUACUGUUCUGGAUGAGAAUGACAAUAGCCCCAAGUUUACUCAUAAUCAUUUUCAAUUUUUCGUGUCUGAGAAUCUGCCAAAGUAUAGUACUGUGGGGGUAAUCACAGUGACAGAUGCAGAUGCUGGGGAGAAUAAAGCUGUGACUCUUUCCAUUCUGAAUGACAAUGAUAAUUUUGUUUUGGAUCCCUAUUCUGGAGUCAUAAAGUCAAAUGUCUCAUUUGAUAGGGAGCAGCAGAGUUCCUACACUUUCGAUGUCAAAGCCACUGACGGGGGACAACCACCCCGUUCCUCUACGGCAAAAGUAACUAUCAACGUCAUGGAUGUCAAUGACAACAGCCCCGUUGUCAUUUCUCCACCUUCUAAUACUUCUUUUAAGUUGGUGCCUCUUUCAGCCAUUCCUGGCUCCGUGGUAGCAGAAGUUUUUGCAGUGGAUAUUGACACUGGAAUGAAUGCUGAACUCAAGUAUACCAUUGUGAGUGGGAACAACAAAGGCUUGUUUCGAAUAGAUCCGGUAACAGGUAACAUUACUCUGGAAGAAAAACCAGCACCUACCGAUGUGGGUUUGCACCGGCUGGUGGUCAACAUAAGUGACCUGGGAUACCCUAAGUCUCUGCACACACUCGUGCUUGUUUUUCUUUAUGUUAAUGACACUGCUGGCAAUGCCUCCUAUAUCUAUGACUUGAUUCGCAGGACUAUGGAGACCCCCUUGGACAGGAACAUAGGGGAUAGCAGCCAGCCCUAUCAAAACGAGGACUAUCUCACCAUCAUGAUCGCCAUCGUUGCCGGCGCCAUGGUGGUCAUUGUCGUGAUCUUCGUCACUGUUCUGGUCCGCUGUCGCCAUGCAUCAAGAUUCAAAGCAGCUCAAAGGAGCAAGCAAGGUGCCGAAUGGAUGUCCCCCAACCAGGAAAACAAACAAAACAAGAAAAAGAAAAGGAAGAAAAGAAAGUCUCCCAAGAGUUCUCUUUUGAACUUUGUUACCAUAGAAGAGUCCAAACCCGAUGAUGCCGUUCACGAACCUAUCAAUGGGACAAUAAGCCUACCAGCUGAGCUGGAAGAGCAGAGCAUAGGAAGAUUUGACUGGGGCCCCGCACCUCCAACCACCUUCAAGCCCAACAGUCCUGAUCUAGCCAAGCACUACAAAUCCGCUUCUCCGCAGCCCGCUUUCCAUCUUAAACCUGACACGCCGGUUUCGGUGAAAAAGCAUCACGUGAUUCAGGAGCUCCCUUUGGACAACACCUUUGUCGGGGGUUGUGACACCCUUUCCAAACGCUCUUCCACUAGUUCAGAUCACUUCAGUGCCUCAGAGUGCAGUUCCCAAGGAGGCUUCAAGACAAAGGGCCCCUUACACACCAGACAGUGUAACUCACACAGCAAAAGUGACAAUAUUCCUGUCACUCCUAAGAAAUGUCCCAGCUCUACGGGUUUCCACAAUCAGGAGAAUGAAGAAGGCCAUUACGAGUCGCAGCGCCGGGUUACCUUUCACCUCCCAGACGGCUCCCAGGAAAGCUGCAGUGACAGUGGUCUAGGAGACCACGAGCCGGUGGGUAGUGGAACCCUGAUCUCACACCCUCUUCCUCUGGUUCAGCCACAGGACGAAUUCUAUGACCAGGCCUCUCCGGACAAGAGGACUGAAGCAGAUGGCAACUCGGACCCCAACUCUGACUCAUAAAUCGCCACAGAAAUCAUUGCUCAUUCCAGACAAGCCCUGUGAGGGUUCGUCUUCCUCUGCCUUUGAAGAAAAUUUUAGGCAAGUGCUCUACCAUCUUGGGUCAUGCUAUUUUUUUUUUUUAAUCACAGAUUAGGUCACUUUAAUUAAAAAAUUAAAGUCCACUUUAAUAAUUAUGAAGUCUAGUCCAAAGUAAUGAUCACAAUUUCUAUUUUAUUUGAAUUAUAAGCUUUUUCCAACUCAUCUUGCAACUGCUUCAAACUUGUCUACAGUGGGAAAUGGGGUUAGGGUGACUUUUGCCUAAUGUCCCAGCUGUUUCUCUCACUGCUUUAGAUAUUAAAGUGCCUCUGACAAUUUACGGUGAAGUAGAAAUACCAAGAGGUAAAAGGCAUGAAAGCACUUUCUUAACUAGUCCUGUUGUGGUAACCAGCAUUGGUAUUCUCUGUCUUCUGGGAUUUUAAACUAACUCUGUUUCUAGGGUAGGGGUUGGGGAGCCUUUGUACAUAUUCCCCACCCCCGGCAAGCUGUGUUCUCAUCUCUGAAGGUUUUUCUGAUAGGUGGGUCACUUCUCAUUGGCAUGUAGAGUUACCUUUACAUCUUCUUUCUGCUGAAGUUUCUCCCAGCCAAUCUUUUAGGAAUAUCUAAAUAAAUUCCAUACCAGCUCUGGUUCUCAACUUUUCACUUCCUAUAUCUUGGUCUCAUAAGAAAAGCUUAAGUGCAUCUUCUGAUUUCACAUACCCAGAAUGUCAGGCCAUACCCAAAGGGGCAACUGUUCAUCUCACAGCAUUUGGGGGAGCUGACCUGCUAUUAUCCUUAGAUAUCUGGUUUUUAUUAGUCUAAGGACCAUCAAACCUAAGUGGUUGCUUUGGAUCAUCGUUUCCUGGAUUUGUGGGAGGAGGUUGGAUAUGUAGGACAGCUCUUUUUAAACUGAUUUCCUAGUUUACAACUUCCCCUUCUCCAGUUAUAAAACAUCUCUUAUUGGCAUUGUUAGUAGUUCCAAAACUGGCUCUUGACCACCUCUUCUGUAUGUGGCAGCGGUUAGUUCCUCUUGUUUUUGGGCCUUAGCCAAAACCAAGACAGAAAACUCUAUUUUAAACAUAUUGGGGGAGUUUUUUGGUUUUUUUUGUUUUGUUUGUUUGUUUGUUUGUUUUAAGACUUGUAUAUAUAGUUCACCGGUUAUUUUUAUAGAAGUAAAAGUUUUUAAAAAUGUAUGCAGAAAUAUGGUUAAGCUAAGCUGCCCUAGGCCAAAACUUUAUCCAAUGUGUGCAGUUACUCACCCAAUGAUUUCUUAGACCUGAGAAACAGCACUGAGCAAGCUGCCAAAUGGAAGAAGAUAGGAGAGAUUCUAAAGCAAAACAAAACAAAAUAAAAAAAAAAUAAUAAUAGUAAAAAAAAAGACUUUCAAGCCUGCUUCAAGAACUCCCCAGAGUUUUUACCAAUCCCGUCACAUGGAAAAAGAGAUCCAAGGGAAGGCACACCCUUGCACACUCCAACACUGAACUCAACACAGUCACUUUAUCCAGGAAGACCAUGGUCAAUAAAAUGUGUAAACAAAAUACUGCUCCUUAUUCAUUACUGGGAAGGAGAAAAGAGGGAAAGGAGGAGCCCAGAGGGCCCCAGGAGCUAAUGCUUCUUUUGACAUUUGUAGGGACUUAAAAUUUAAACCUCUUUUUGAAAUGUCUAGAGAAGAAUUCAUUAGACUGGCCUAGAAAUAUUGAGAUUCAUAACUAAAUGGUAAUUCAUAUUUGGAUAUAUAAUGAUAUAUUAUCUUAAAAUUCCAUAGUCACAUCUUUGUAACUAACUUUGAUGACUGUGUGGGGUGAGGUACAGCAUAAUUGAAACAAUAAUCUUCAACAGUGAUAAUCUCUCUACAUACAUCUAAACUGUUACUCUUGUCUUCAAUGGCAUUUUCUGGCUGUUUCCUGAACAGUCAUGACUUUAUCAACAUAAAUUAUGAAUAUACAUAUGAUCUAAAGAGUUAUUAGUAUGCCUGUAUGGAUUCCUAGUAUUUUAAAUACAAUAUUAUCUAUAAAAAUAAUUAAAAUUAGAAUCAUUUUCAUUAUAGUUUCAUUCAAUUUUUCAUUAUGCAUUUUUAAAGAUAUUAAUACAAAUGGUAUGUGGGAGAGAUUUUGGAAACUUUAGGCUUUAAUAUAACUUUAACUUUAAUAUAACCCUCUGGCAACCAAUAGAUGGUGUCUCUAUGUUCUAGGCACUUGAGUCCUAGGGCAUACUUAGUCAUCUGCCCCACAAAUGACAUACACACACGCACACACACAGUAUUUCUUGCACUGAGUUUUAUCACCGUUUCUGCAUAAAAUGAUUUAUCCUUUUCCCAAAUAGCAGAGUAAGUCAUAUUUCCUUAAGAAGUUAACUUAUUAAUAUGAUUGUGCACUCCAUGUAUAAUUCGGUAAAACCAUUAAUUCUAAGAAAAUAGUGAGGGGAUUUUCGAUUGAAGAUUUUAAUUUUUAACAAAUAUAGCUAGACUGAUGAAGGAAUUUAACUAGGUUAAAAGGAAACAAAAACCAUUAUGUGAUCAGAUCAAGCACAGCUUAUUACCACUAAUUCAGAAUUACGUCUUAAUCUUGUCCUAUUGAGAAUCGUGAAUAGCGUUAAUUUUUUUAUCUGGGAUUUCCUUUAAAUGCUAAUUUAAAGAAAUUUCUGCUGUUUAUCAUGGGCAAAAAUUUAGCAUUAUAUUUAUUUUAUUAAAGCCCCCUCUGUCAUUGACUCCCACCUCUACCUGAACUGUGUAUGAAUUAGCCAGAGAACUUCUCAUUAAAGAUAUUUAUGGAUAAUAUUUAUUGAGGGCUACUUAUGAGUCAGGAAUGUUUUAAUAUAUUUUUUAUGAUCCCACACUGAUAUUGCAAGUUAGAUAGUAUUAUAAAUAAACUGAAUUUCGUAAAUUUUAAUAUGUGCCUAAAGCUAUUUAGAAAGUAACUGAGGCAGAAUAAGAACUCCGGAAGUCCCAAUUCCAUAGUUUAUGCUUCAUACUACUCAGAAAACUACUCGCAAUGUGCAUAAAUUUCAAGGCAGUGUAGAAAUUAAUAUAGUCAUCACUGACAUUGAGUUUUAAAUUUGGGGCAUUAAUCUCAUUCUUUAAGGAGAAGUUUGAGAAAUUGAAUAUUACAAAGAUGAGUUGUAGGAUGAACUUGUGAGAACUACUUUUGCAAGGAUAUUUUUGGCACUGAGUUAGUGAAAAUGUAGAUCUUAGUAGGACCCUACAGAUCAUAUAGUAUAAAAUUAUUUUAUAUACAGAGGCAUAAAAAAGGGAAGUCUUGGCCUAAGUUAGUGAGUUUGUGAUAGUUUGUGAGUAAAGAAUAAAAUUUAUGUAUGCGGACUCUUAUUUAGUGCUCUUUUCAUUGAACAUUUUUUUUUUUUUUAAAUCAUGGCCCUCAUACCUUUUCCUUAAAGAAAAUCUCUGUGAUUAUUAACAACUGCAUCUGCCUUUAACCUCUAAAGACAGUUUACUCACCUUUUUAUUCUCUAUGCAAAAUGGUACCUGGGUAUAGUGUAUUUGUUGACUGAAAAAAAAUCAAUAUUUCACAAAUACAUCAAAAUACAGUCAGGCAAAUUAAGUGUUCCAUCCAGAUGAAAAUAAAUUAAAAAAAAAUCUAGAAACUAGUGAAUCAUGUUAACCGUGGUUAUCUUCAGUUUGGGGUAUUAUUUUUUCUUGUGAUUGUCUAUAUUUUCCACAAUUUUAAUAAUGUAUUCAGGAUCAGAUUUUCAUUUUUUAAUUUACAUAGAAAGCACUUAAUACAGGGCUGAAGAAAAAAGUCACUGGGAUAUAUUUUUGCAUAAAGUAAAAGUUGUGUUAAAAUAGUUUUCCUAUCAGUCUUAAAAUUAUGACAGACAUAAUUAAAAAAACUGAGAAUUUAAAAAUGUUUGGGAAGUUCCCAUUGUGACUCAGCAGUUAUGACCCUGACUAGUAUCCAUGAGUAUACAGGUUCGAUCCAUGGUCU